GUGCGUUCGUUAAACUUUCAUGACCAAACAUUAACUUAAGCAGGGAGGAGGAGGAGGAAGAGGAGGAGGAGAGGCGUGGCCAGAGGCCAGGUUGGAAGGCGCCGGGAUAGCGUACAUUUCGGAGCAAGGAAACUGAGCUGUCAUCAUCACUGUCCCAUCCCCUCCAACAGCUAGUUUGUUAUUUGUGAUAAAUUAUUCAGUGAUCCACAUCUCGGAUCCUGAUCCUGCCCACCCCACUUCAGCUCCAGCUCCAGUUACCGUUAUCGUUACCGUUACCGUUACAGUUACAGUUCCAGGCCCCACCAUCACAUCUGUACACCAGCAACCACCAACCGAAUAGCAACAAUAACUAUACCCUAGAGGAUAAACGUCAUUUAUAAUCCAGAGUACAAAGUACGAUUAGCCCCGAAAUAACGCUGUUAACGAAACUAAAACUAAACCUAAAACCAAAACAAAGGCUAAACUAUAAAUAGUAACAUACGGUAUUAUUAUACACGCAACUCAAAACAGAUAGUGUCAUAGAGUCACAUAACCUCAAAGAAACGAACAAAACGAGCGCAUAACGAAACGAAAAGUGAAGAACCAUAAGCAAUAUAAGCAGUGCUGUUGACUAUUUUAGAGGCCACCUUUUAGAUACCGAUACCUUCUCACCCAACCUACGUUACUCAACCAAACACCUAAGAGCCCACCAAAAACGAAUCGAAAACCUAACCUAACCUAAAACCUAAAACCUUAAACCUUAAAACACGGAUAACGGCGAACAGCCCCAUGUGCGAGUGAGACAGUCCGAAAAAAGAAGAACGAGAGCGAGAGAGAAAUAGAGUAACACAACGAAAAGCAAUUUAUUUUUGUUUACGUGUCCGUGUGCUGGACUUCUAUUAGUUAAUGCCAAAAAUCGAAGCGGAAGUUGCACCCACACCUGCACACCCAACUACCACUACAACUACGACUACAACACACAGACACACACACUGAGCCACGAUGGCAAGGCCAAGAAUUGCAGUGGGCAUUGCGGGGCCUUUCCGGCGGCAAUAGCAAUAGCAACACCUUGAAAAAAAAACCAAAAAAAAAAAAGAAAAACCCAGAAAAAAGAGCAGCAGAAAUAUCCCCGAUAACAACAACCACGUUACGUUAGCGAAGGUGGCGCGAGUGGUUCGAUGUGGUUCGAAUUCGAGUUCGAGUGCAGGUGGUGACGUGACAGCGGCGGCGUCGUGGGUCCAAGAAAAUGCACGUUAAACACACUCAGCGCCGAGUCAGCGGUCCUGGAGCCUUCGGAACCUUUACCAACGAUCAACGUGCCAGCCGCGACAACUUGUGCCCGGACAAUCCGCAGCAGCAGCAGCAGCGGCACUCGCACUCGCACCAGCACUUGGUACGCCAGUCUCUGGUGAGUCUCAGCAACGGCCAGCCGGCGGCAUCGGCGGCGCCGGACAGCGUCUCGCUGCUGCGAGCGGGCGAUGACCAGCAGCAGCACCUCCAGCAGCCACAUCUGCAGCAACAGCAACUGCAGCAGCAGCAACAGCAGCAGCACCUGCAACAGCAACAGCAACGGCACCGCAGCAGCAGCAGUCGACUAUCGACGAGCGGCAUCUCCAAGCAGAACUCCUCGGACAGCAGGAGCGGCCUGCGCAUCCUCGACAGCAGCCACAGUCCGGUGAGCUGUGGCACCCAGAGCGUUAGCAGCACUGGUGGCCAGUCGGCGCUCUACGAUGCCUGUCACGAGUACUCGCGCAGCUUGAGUGCAGCGGCUGCUGAAGGAGCCGGUUCGCUGCUCAAGAGCCACUACAGUGACCAGCAGUUGGCGCAGCCGGAGCCAGACCCAGAACCGGAUCCGGAAAGGGAUCGGGAUCGGGAUAGGGAUCGAGACAGGGACAGAGACAGGGAACGGGAGCGUCGCCACCUGACCAACCUCAAUCUCAAUCUAAGCAGCGAGUACGACUACAGUGGAAGCGACAAGCAGCAGCUGGUCAACGAGACGUACAUCUUCAAGUGCAUCGCCAACAGUCCUUCGUUCCUGCGCACCAACAAGAUCAAGGAGCAGUCCAAGAAGCUGCGGAAUCUCUCGCUCAAAACACGCACCGCCAAGAAGAAGGGCCAGAUCAUCUCCAAGUCGAACGCGGUGUCGGAUAACUCGCUGCAUCCGGGCGACAAGUACCUGAACUUGUAUCUCGUGGAGAAGAAGCACUCCCUCCAGCCGCAGGUGGCCUCCACGUCGAGUUCCAGCACCACCCCGCAUCCGCAGGCUUCCUCGGCACCAGCCAGUUCGUCCUCCACCUGCACCAAGGCGCCCCAGUUGCCCGCCUUGUCGGCGGUCGCUGCCCGCCAACAACAGUUGUUGCUGAACGGAUCGCUGAAGGGCAAGGGGCAGAGUCAGGGUCAGGGUCAGAGCCGGCAGACGCUGCCCGGCCAUCGGGGGUCGGUGAGGAGCGAGAGUGGAAGCGGGAGCAGCCACACCAUUCCGGCGACGGGCAAGAGUCCGCCGGUGCCGCACUCGCUGGCGGCCAAGAUCAGCAGCUCGGCAAGCGGCAGCAAGAACUGCAAUUUGCUCAGCGCCAGCAGCAACUCAUGCCACAAGCUGCACGCCCACGCCCAAGGAUCGGGAGCAGGAUCGGGAUCUGGAUCGGGAUCAGGACCCGGACACAGUCACUACGCGGCGGCCUCGCCCAAGAGCUCGGUCAGCAGCAACGGUCACCUGAACAAGUACUGCCUCACGGACCUCACGCGCCGCAAGGCCGAGUUCAAUCGCCAGCUGAGCGCACCCACGGACUACACGCACCACUCCUCCAGCAACGGAUCGCAGCAGGAGGGCUCCUCGGAGGCCAACGAGGGCCACGAACCGGUCGGCGAGUCCACCAUCACCGUAGCCAGUGCCGGCGUAUCGUAUCCGCAUCCGUACUCCUAUCCGUAUCACUACGCGCACCACGCCUCCUCGGCCACAGCGCCCGCCAACCUCAAGGCGUCGCUGCAGCUGCACAGCUUCGGGAGCCACCACCCGUGCCCUUAUCCGGCAAGGCCCACGUCCACGUCGUGCACCAACAGCUUCAACCGGCGCCACAUCCGGCGGCACAAGGGCAAGCUCGGCGAUCGACUGCUGAGCGGGGAUAGUGAGGAAUCGGUGCGCUGCUCCUACUGCUCGGUGCUGAAUGUGAACGACAACGACCUGCGCAUUUCGUUCGAGAACACCUGCACCGACUCGCUGGUAACCGCUUUCGAUGAUGAAGCCCUGCUAAUAUGCGACCAAGGAACCGAAAUGGUACACUUUGAUGACGUGUCGUUGUACGGCACUCCGAAAGAGGAGCCCAUGCCCAACAUACCGAUCGUGUCGGAAAAAGUCUCUGCGAAUUUCCUAAAAAGUCAAUUGCAAUCAUGGUUCCAGCCGACGGACAACCGACUGGCCAUGAAACUGUUUGGCAGCCGAAAGGCGCUGGUCAAGGAGCGCAUACGUCAGAAAACUUCCGGGCACUGGGUCAUACACCCGUGCAGUUCAUUCAGGUUUUACUGGGACCUUUGCAUGCUUUUAUUAUUAGUAGCAAAUCUUAUUAUCCUGCCAGUCGCAAUAUCAUUCUUCAACGAUGAUCUGAGCACACGAUGGAUUGCCUUCAACUGCCUAAGUGAUACUAUUUUUUUAAUAGAUAUUGUAGUCAAUUUUAGAACAGGAAUUAUGCAACAAGACAACGCUGAACAAGUAAUAUUGGAUCCAAAGCUUAUAGCUAAACACUAUUUAAGAACUUGGUUUUUUCUCGAUUUGAUUUCGUCGAUACCGCUAGAUUAUAUAUUUUUAAUUUUCAAUCAAAUUAUGAAAUUGCAGGAUUUCUCUGAUUCUUUUCAAAUAUUGCAUGCCGGACGCGCCCUUCGCAUCCUGCGCCUGGCCAAGCUGUUAUCCUUGGUGCGACUGCUCCGCCUUUCCCGCCUCGUGCGCUACGUGUCCCAAUGGGAGGAGGUCUAUAUUCUGCAGAAUCUACAGAAAAAAAGUGCUGAUCGCAGAGGGAGAAUGAACAGAAAAGACAAAGAUGGCUUGACAAAAAGCAACCUAAUUCUCAAGUUCCUCAAUAUGGCCUCGGUCUUCAUGAGGAUCUUCAAUUUAAUUUGCAUGAUGCUCCUGAUCGGCCAUUGGAGCGGUUGCUUGCAGUUCUUAGUGCCAAUGUUGCAGGGUUUUCCAUCCAACUCCUGGGUCUCCAUCAACGAGUUGCAGGAAUCGUACUGGCUGGAGCAGUAUUCGUGGGCAUUGUUCAAGGCCAUGUCGCACAUGCUCUGCAUAGGCUACGGCAGAUUCCCGCCACAAUCAUUGACGGACAUGUGGCUGACGAUGCUUUCCAUGAUAUCCGGUGCCACCUGUUACGCAUUGUUCCUCGGUCACGCGACCAAUCUCAUCCAGAGCUUGGACUCCAGCCGGCGCCAGUAUCGCGAGAAGGUCAAACAGGUGGAGGAGUACAUGGCCUACCGCAAGCUGCCACGCGACAUGCGGCAGCGCAUCACGGAAUACUUCGAGCAUCGGUACCAGGGUAAAUUCUUCGAUGAAGAGUUGAUACUUGGCGAGUUGAGCGAAAAACUGCGCGAGGAUGUCAUCAACUACAACUGCAGAUCCCUCGUGGCGUCAGUGCCUUUUUUUGCUAAUGCCGAUUCGAAUUUCGUUUCCGACGUAGUUACCAAACUGAAAUACGAAGUUUUCCAACCAGGUGAUAUUAUCAUAAAGGAGGGUACGAUCGGUACUAAGAUGUACUUCAUACAGGAGGGCGUGGUGGACAUUGUCAUGGCCAACGGCGAGGUUGCCACCUCACUUUCGGAUGGGUCUUACUUCGGUGAGAUCUGUCUGCUGACCAAUGCGCGUCGUGUGGCCAGCGUGCGAGCCGAAACCUAUUGCAAUCUAUUCUCGUUGAGCGUGGAUCAUUUCAAUUGCGUUCUGGAUCAGUAUCCGCUGAUGCGCAAGACCAUGGAGACUGUGGCCGCCGAGCGGUUAAACAAGAUCGGCAAGAAUCCAAACAUAAUGCAUCAGAAGGACGAGCAGCUGAGCAAUCCGGAGUCGAACACGAUUACGGCUGUGGUUAAUGCCCUGGCUGCCGAGGCGGAUGACUGCAAAGAUGAUGACAUGGAUCUCAAGGAGAAUUUACUGCAUGGGUCAGAGUCGAGCAUUGCUGAGCCGGUGCAGACGAUACGUGAGGGUCUCCCGAGGCCACGGAGCGGGGAGUUCCGUGCCCUAUUCGAGGGUAACACUCCAUGACACUGAGGAGCAGUGACGAACGGUGCCGGCGGGCACCGGGCAACCAUCUGAAGCAGCGGUUCGCUGGACACUCACUCACAAAAACCCACAUCCAUACCCCACACAGGACAACCACACUCACACACACUGCGUAUAUAAUAAUUUAGUAAAAGGAACCCCAAGACGCGAUAAGAGUACACUAAAAAAAGAAUCAAUUUAUGGUAGACACUCUAUAUAUGCAAUUGCGAUUUAGUAGAAAACGUAUUAAAAACAAAAAAUCCAAAAAAAGAUAAAAACAAUUACACAAAAAAUGUCCUCAAUAAUUAUUCAUAAUUUCAGCUCCGCUAACUGUGAUGACUUUAAUAUAAGAAUCGAAAAAAAAUUAACAAACAAAAAAAGAAAACGAGUACAUACAGAGAUAAAUUAUGCGAUAGAGAUAGAACUCAGCAGCCAGCAGACAGAUCAGAAAACCACAACCCACAGCCAUAGAAGAUCUGCCACCCCACUACACACUACACACCACACACCACCACCCCCAUCACACACACCAAAUACUGACACAUAAAGUAAAUCUACAUAUAAGUUUUAUGCCCACGAUAUUGUAACGAUAACGAAGUGAAUAGACUUUUGAAUUGCUACCUAGGCGUUAGUCCUAUGGACCUAUCACAAGAACACACAACCACACAGCAGCAAGCACACCUGUAGGUGGCCAAGUCAACAGGUCAAAGGUGACAGGAUUCAAGCAACAGGCAUCAGGCAUCAGGGGGCGACAGUGACAGUCAGACAGACAUGCAUCAACUUAUGAUAUAAACGAAGCGAAGCGUUCCAGCAUACCAAAACAUAUUUAUGCGCGUAGCUAUUAUGUACUCGAGCAACCAACAAACAAACAAACAACAAAACAAUUAUGUAUUAUUGCGAUUAUAUAGCAUAUUUAAAUACGCAUUGCAAAAAAAAAACAAAAAGAAAAGGGAAAACAUAACUCAGCAAUAUACAAAACAAGAAAACAACCCAA